AUGCCCUUCCCUUUCGGUAAGUCUCACAAGUGUCCAGCGGACAUUGUGAAGAAUCUAAAAGACAACAUGACCAUUCUGGAGAAGCAGGACAUUUCAGACAAGAAGGCUGAGAAGGCCUCUGAAGAGGUGUCCAAAUCUCUGCUGGCCAUGAAGGAGAUUCUCUACGGCACGAAUGAGAAGGAGCCGCAGACAGAAGCUGUGGCUCAGCUCGCUCAGGAGCUCUACAACAGCGGCCUGCUCAGCACCCUCGUCGCAGAUCUGCAGCUCAUCGACUUUGAGGGCAAGAAAGAUGUGGCACAGAUCUUUAAUAAUAUUCUGAGACGUCAGAUCGGCACUCGGACACCUACAGUCGAAUACCUGUGCACUCAACAAAAUAUACUCUUCAUGCUGCUUAAAGGUUACGAGUCUCCAGACAUCGCUCUGAACUGUGGGAUCAUGCUGAGGGAAUGCAUACGGCACGAGCCGCUGGCCAAGAUCACCCUCUGCUCCGAGCAGUUCUACGAUUUCUUCAGAUACGUGGAGAUGUCCACCUUCGACAUCGCCUCGGAUGCAUUUGCCACUUUUAAAGAUUUGCUGACGAGACACAAACUGCUCAGCGCUGAGUUUCUGGAGCAGCACUAUGACAGAUUCUUUAGUGAAUAUGAGAAACUUCUUCACUCAGAAAACUACGUGACUAAGAGGCAGUCGCUAAAGCUUUUGGGAGAGCUGCUUUUGGACAGGCACAACUUCACUAUAAUGACAAAGUACAUAAGCAAACCAGAGAACCUCAAACUCAUGAUGAACCUACUGAGAGACAAGAGCCGCAACAUCCAGUUUGAGGCCUUUCAUGUAUUUAAGGUGUUUGUGGCCAAUCCGAACAAGACCCAGCCAAUCCUCGACAUCCUGCUGAAGAACCAGCCCAAACUCAUUGAGUUCCUCGGCAAGUUCCAGAACGACCGCACCGAGGAUGAGCAGUUCAGUGACGAGAAGACCUAUCUCAUCAAACAGAUCCGAGACCUCAAGAGGCCAACCCCGCAGGACGCUUGAGAAGGCUCACGAAUGUAUAGAGGACGUCUAGACAGUGUUUUAGGCAGCGUCUGGACGAUGUUUGGCUCUCUGGGACAUUGAGUGGCCGCAGCGCUGGGCAUGUUUUUGUGUUUUGCAGGAACCGUUAAAUGCCAUUUGAGCUCGGUGGGCGAGAAAUAUGACCACGAGGAGGAAAAGUAGUCAUGCUUCGCUGGACAUUCAACCUCUCCCCCUACAAUGUUUUGUUCUCAUGUUUCAAAAAAUGAGCAAAAUGAACAGAAAAGACGGAUGUAGAUGCUGCUGCUUUAUUGCACAUAAAGAAGGAGGGUUUUGUACCUCAUUCACAAGCAUACACUCAAAUGUCUGUUGAUGCUAAUUGGAUAUUAAUGAAUUCCAGGAAAUUUAACAUGCAAAAAGCACUUCAACACACUCCUGUCAGCUCUUUUGCUCAUUGUCGGCUAGGUGAAAAACUGCAAAUGUGAUGCAUAAAUCAUGCUUUGCACAUUCCCAGAUUCAUUUGCAAAGGCGGAAAUGAGUAAACGUGUUGACUGAGGAGGGUUUAGUGAUUUGUUAGAGUUGUGGCUGUGAUGUUAACCCUGAUUUAACACCAUUCUUCUCUCAUCAUUAGUCACUGCGCAGAGUGGGUGUAAUGGAAAGUUAACUUGUCUGCUUUCUUUACCUUAAGAUUUGUGCUCUGACUCCGUUUUUUUUUUAAUACUAGUUUCAGUAUUACUAACCCCACUACUCUUACCUUUUAUUCGGUUUAUAUGUUAAAUUGUCCCUUGUAAACUCUCCCCAGUUCAUGGGUGAAAUCUCACAAAGAAACAUGUCUAGGUCACAUUUCACCCCAACAAAAGAAAA